AGACAAAUUUAGUGUCUUGUCGACAAUUAACGACAACAACAACAACAACCACAAACGGCACACUCAAUCGAUAAACAAGAUUGUUUGAAACAAGACGGCGACGAUUAACAUAAAGAUUCGAAUUAGGUAAUCGAUACCGAAUAUUAUUGCAUAAAUUCAUCCGAUUACAUCAAUAAUCAUCAUCAUCAUCAUCAUAAUAACAAUCAUAGAUAUAAUAAACGUCGAAAUUAUAAACAAAGUGGAAAAAAAUAUCAAGCUAAAAUGGCCGAUGUAUCAAAACCAACAGUUGUUGAUAAUCAUGAUGGUACUAUCUGUGUGAAAUAUGAUCCAAAACAGGAGGGAAAUUAUGAGAUGCAAAUCAAAUAUAAUAAUAUGCCUAUCAAAGGUAGUCCAUAUAAAUUUAUUGUGGAUAAUACACCUAAAGGUUUAGUGACAGCAUUUGGAGCUGGCCUAUCAACUGGUGUUGCCGGUGAUGCUUGUUUUUUUAAUGUUUAUACAAAAGGCAGCGGUGCUGGUAAUCUACAAGUUGCUGUUGAAGGACCAUCCAAAGCUGAAAUCAGCUGUAAAGAUAAUAAAGAUGGUAGUAUUAAUGUUACCUAUACACCACCAGCGCCUGGUGAAUAUAAAAUCAAUGUCAGUUAUGGUGGGAAACCAAUCGAAGGUAGUCCAUUUUCGGCAAAAAUUGUCGGUGAAGGUCGUAAACGUAAUCAAAUUUCAAUUGGAAUGUCAAGUGAAGUGCCAUUGAAAGUAACUGAAAAAGAUGUUAAAUCAUUGAAUGCCAGUAUUGUCUCACCAUCCGGUCUUGAGGAACCAUGUUUCGUAAAGAAAUUGAGCAGUAAUCAAGUGGGCAUAUCGUUCACACCACGUGAACAUGGUGAACAUGCUGUGAAUAUCAAAAAAAUGGGUAAUCAUGUGGCUGGAUCACCAUUCAAGAUUAAUGUGCUUGAACGAGACAUUGGUGAUUCGAAAAAUGUUAAAAUAUCUGGUGCAGGUCUGAAAGAAGGCAAAACUAAUACAGCAAAUGAGAUAAAUAUCGAUACAAGUGAUGCCGGCUAUGGUGGUCUAAGUGUUUCUAUUGAAGGUCCAUCUAAAGCUGAUCUUCAAUAUCAGGACAAAGGAAAUGGAAAAUUGGCAAUCACAUAUAAACCGACAGAACCCGGAUUUUAUAUUUUGAAUGUUAAAUUUGCUGAUCAUCAUGUCACUGGGUCACCAUACACAAUUAAAGUAACCGGUGCUGGAUCCAAUUUGCAACGGAAUAAUAUUAAAUUAGGACGUGAAGCUGCUGCCAUCGCUGAUGUUGGUUCCAAAUGCAAAUUAACGUUUAAAUUACCACAAACAAGUGCAUUUGAUUUGGCUGCCAAAAUCAUGGCCCCAUCCGGUGAAACAGAUGAUGCCGAAAUAUUGGAUUUGCAGGAUUUUCUUUACGCUGUACAAUUCGUACCGAAAGAAGUGGGCAUGCAUACAGUAUCUGUACGACAUAAAGAUAUUCAUAUACCUGGAUCACCAUUUCAAUUUACUGUUGGCCCAUUCAGUGAUUUCGGUUCACAUCGUGUACAUGCUGGUGGUCCUGGUCUAGAACGCGGUACCGUUAAUGAACAAUGCGAAUUCAAUAUUUGGACACGCGAAGCUGGAGCUGGAACACUUGCUGUUUCAGUUGAAGGUCCAUCAAAAGCAGAAAUUGAUUUUCAUGAUCGCAAAGAUGGUUCUGGCUAUGUAACAUAUAAAGUUACUGAACCUGGUGAAUAUCGUAUUGGCAUCAAGUUUAAUGAUCAACCAAUACCGGAUAGUCCAUACAGUGUUUAUGUUGUUGCACAAGUUGGUGAUGCACGUAAAAUUGAAUUGGGUGCAAUUCCACCUGAACAUAUGUUGAAAGUGAAUUCACCAGUUACAUUUACAAUCAAUAUGAAUGGUGCUAAAGGAAGUCUGGAUGGUAAAGUGAUUGCACCAAGUGGUGCUGAAGAUGAUUGUUUUCUAAGUAAAAUUGAUGAUGAUCAAUGGGCAUUACGAUUUAUUCCACGUGAAAAUGGUGUACAUCGUAUUUAUGUACGUUUUAAUGGUGUUCAUAUACCGGAAAGUCCAUUCUCAAUGCGUAUCGGUAAAGAUGAUGCUGAUCCAGCAAGCGUUUCGGUUGCCGGUAGUGGAAUCAAAGAAGCACGUACUGGUGUUAAAACGGAUUUCAUUAUUGAUACAUGUAAUGCUGGUGCUGGUACAUUAGCGGUUACUAUCGAUGGUCCGACAAAAGUUUCAAUGGAUUGUACCGAAGUUGAAGAAGGUUAUAAAGUACGUUAUACACCAUUGGCACCUGGUGAAUAUUUGAUUACAAUCAAAUAUAAUGGUUAUCAUAUUGUUGGCAGUCCAUUUAAAGUUCGUUGUAUGGGUACACGAAGUAUUGCUGAUAUAUCGGAUUUUGAAUCUGCACAAGUUGUUGUUGAAACCGUAACGAAACAAUCAAAAAAUCAAGGUAAUCAGAUGCCUAAAUUUAAAUCGGAAGCAAAUCGUGUUGAAUCAAAAGGUGUUGGCUUAAAACGUGCUAUAUUGAAUCGUCAGAAUACAUUCAAUGUGAAUGCUUCGAAUGCUGGUAACAAUUUUCUUUUUGUGGCCGUAUAUGGACCACGUGGACCAUGCGAAGCAAUCGAUAUACGUCAUCAAGGUCGUAAUAAUUAUAAUAUUACCUAUACAACAAGAGAACGUGGUGAUCAUAUUAUCGUUGUUCGAUAUGGUGAUGAUCAUAUUCCUGGCAGUCCAUUCAGAAUUGAAUGUAAUCCAUAAAUUAGAACAACACAGAAAUAAGAAAUAAGAAAUGGUUAACAAUUUUAAUAUUAUAUGUUAAUCGAUCAAUGUGUCGACAAAGAUAUU